GAGGGGGAUACGGGAUGGAGCUCUUUUGCUUUUUUGUUUUUUAGUUCUGUGGGACGGAUGUGUUGCUCCGGUCCCACGCAGCGCCGGGAGCUGUGACUUCGGGGCUCACCUGCGGCCGGGAGCCCGGCCGGAGGCAGCAGGGUGGCGAGCGCGGGGGAAGGGGCGCUCCGUCCCACUCCCCCAUCGGUCUCUCUCCUCUCGGGUCUGGCACGUUUGAGUCCCGAAAAGCAUUUUCAGCAAAGGGAACGUAAGUUUUUCUGACUUUGAACCCACGCCAGCACGAACAUUUGAAGUUCCCCCGUGAUAACAAGAUCUCCCAGCAAAGACAUGGCUUCAAAUGAACGAGAGAUUGUGGUGUGGGUUUGCCAAGAAGAGAAGAUUGUAUGUGGCCUGACAAAGCGCACAACAUGCGCAGAAGUGAUUCAGGCUCUGCUUGAGGAACAUCAAGCAACAUUUGGGGAGAAAAAAGUCCUCUUUGGAAAACCUAGUGAUUACUGUAUUGUAGAAAAAUGGAGAGGCUCCGAGCGAGUCCUUCCUCCUUUGACAAAGAUUCUGAGACUUUGGAAAGCUUGGGGAGAAGAGCAGCCCAAUUUGCACUUCGUGUUGGUAAAAUCCGAUGCUUUCCUUUCAUUUCCAUUGUGGAAAACAGCUGAAGCUAAGGUAGUACAAAAUAUAGAAAAGCAGUGGGAACUCAGCCCAGCAAAUUACAUGAAGAUGUUGCCAAUUGACAAGCAAAAGAAAAUUGUUAGGAAGACAUUCCGGAAACUUGCCAAACUUAAACAGGACAGUGUUCAGCAAGACAGAGAUAAUAUGGAGACACUGAUUCAUUUAAUCAUAUCUCAAGAUCAUACCAUUCAUCAGCAAGUCCUUAGAAUGAAGGAACUUGAUAUGGAAAUCGAAAAAUGUGAAGCAAAAUUCCACUUAGACCGUGUUGCCAACGAUGGAGAAAAUUAUGUGCAGGACUCAUAUUUAAUGAUCAAUCCAAGUGAGGCUGAGCAGCAAGGGAGUAGGGCAGAUGAUCAAAAAGAGAUGCAUGAUUAUUUCAGCAAAAGUGAGGGAAUUUUACAGGUUGAAGAGAGACUAAAACAUCACAAACAAUUAAUAGAGAAGCUGUGUGCUGAAAUAGAAAAAGAGGUACAUGGUAUAUGCUCAGAAAAAGAUGAAGAUGUUGUUCAUACAGAAGGAGCGACUAAUGCUCAGCUGGAAAACUCAGAUUUGGACAAUGUAAAGUAUGAGCUGGAAAAAAGUAUGAAAGAUGGUCUCAGAAUCAAUUCAUACCUGAGCUGCAUUCAGAAAGAACUUACCUACAGGGACUCGCUGCUUCAAAAGAAGGAAAAAGAAUAUGAACUUCUUACAGAAGAAUUUAAUUUACUACAUGUUAAAGACAACAUUGAAGUGAGGCUUCCAUCAAACGAGGAGCCGCCUAAGGGCAGUGGCAUCUCCAGUAACAGCACUGCAGUUCCUGAUUUUGUUCAUAGAGUGACUAAUUUGGACAUAAACGACACUGACUCUGACACUGGAAUUAGCUCUACACACAGUCAGGACUCCGAAAUAACUUCUGGGGACAUGGUACUGUUAUCAACAUAGUUGAAAGCAGUCAUGAAUUUCUGAGAAGUGGUUUUUUGGAGGACAUUUAUAAGAAUAGACGAGACUUGUCUUGGAAGUUCAUCCCUUCAAUAUGUUAAAAAUGUAGCACAGCUCUAGAAAAGUAAACAGUGUCUAUGUGCUUAAAAGUGCACUUGUUUUUAAAAGCACAGGUAGACUGGAUUAGCUGUGAAUGCAUUCAUAGCUAAUACAUGCAAGGCUGUAGGCUUUGCUAAAUCCAGACAGACUGUUUAGUCUUUGUAAUAUUGAUACUCAGAGAACAGGGGCAUUCUGACUUGUUUGGACCAAAAGCUUGUAGAUUUGACAACUGUUAAUCUUUGAGUUCACCUCUACAUCUCUCUUAAAUUUUUUGAAAAGUGAGCUAGACAUUAUAUGGAGAGCUUGAUUUUCCUUGGCAUGAAGCUGCUGUAAAGGAAUAUAUAAUCAAGCAUAUAGACUCUUAAAAAUUAAUAUUUAUGAUGCUAUAAAACAAAAAAGCAAUUUUGUUUGUGUAAUUUAUAACCCAGUUUUGAGUUAUUAGGAAGAUAAUUUCAGAAACACUUAAGUCCCACUUUAGAAAUGACCAUACUCACAUGGAUUGUUAAUUUCCAUUUUCUUUCAGCAGCAUCCAACUGCUGGUAAAAUUCUUGAAACUCCCACUCUUCUGCUCUUACUCUGCAGUUGCCGUGGUGAUGCUAUGUGGACACAAUUUCUGCCAGCGGGCAUGUCAGAACUGCCUGCCUCCUGCUUCUGUGAGCUGAUAAAUCCCAAACUCACACCUAGCCCCAGGGGCAUUUUCAGGAAGGCUCUCUCCUGCUUAUCUCAACAGUAGGAUCUAGUGACUUGGGUCUCCUUAGAUCAUGACUGUGAAAUCAAACAUAACAUGAGAGACAGGCAGGAACCAGACAUUUUUUACUAUCUGUUCCCAAUGGCCAGGUACUUAAGCUUAUCAGACAGCAGACAGAUAUUUGGAGCAGGGAUACAGACAUGUAUUUGCUAUGUCCUUAAUAGAAGGACUUUAGGAUAGAGCUAAAGCUGGUCCAUUCUAUAUAUCUAAUUAAAUAUUGGGUAACAAAGGGAACAAAAAAGAAUAGGAAACGAGAUUUUUAUAACUAUGUGGUUAAGUCAAAUGAUUUCACUUAGGAUGUAGUCAUUAAUCUCAAAUCCUUCUCCGAUGAAUGCUGCAAGUUCAAAAUUAGGUAUAGAAGUCUUAGUUACUGAACAAGGUUUCUAACUCUGAGCUAGAAACUGCUGACAGAAAGAACACUGAAUAAUUUCUGGGUUGCACACUGAGGGUUGCUAUGUUUGUAUUUUGUAGAUCAAUUUGUUUAAUGCUUUUGAAAAUAUAAUGUAAUUCUGAUUAAGUGAAUUGAAUGGAGAAAUAGUUACUAAAUGAAGUUGAACUCCGAAAGAGUUCAAAGAUAGCCUGCAAAAAAGAAGGCUGACAAAGUGAGUGAAACGGCAAUACCUAGAUAGCAUAAAGGUAGAAUAUAUCCAGAUGCACUGCUUUCUUUUCCUGUAUUUUCUCCUCUUAAAUGUUUGCCAGACAACUGUACUCUGGAAUGACAGAAUUGUGGGGACUGCUGAUUAGCACAUAUUACAUUCAGGAAGAGAGAGAGAAAAAAAAAACACUUUUUCUAAAAAGCUAAUUUUUUUAUACCUUUCUCUCUUUCUCUCUUUCUUUUAUUCUUUUUCUUUCUUUCUUUUUUUUUUUUUUGUUUUUUUUUUUUAAGAUUUUUGAGUCCUAGAUAUUAUAGAAUUUCUAUUCCAAGAAUAUGUGGUAGUUACCUUAAUAUAUUAUUUUGUCUUAUGUUUUUAUCAUAUAAUGUUAUUUGAAUACUUCAAUAAUAAUAUGUCAUAUUUAGGCUCAUCAGCUCUUGAUGAAAACUCAAGUAUGCAUCAGAUAUCUUUGUAAUAAUUUAUUAACGCAACUCAGAAUCUUUUGAACUCUGUGAUAUCACUCUGACAAGUAGAAAAUACAGAGCUUUGACUGCUGAGAGUAGGCUAAUGUAUUCUCUGAGUUCAUGUGAAUGUAGCUAAUAGUUAUUUCUACUGAGUCUUUUUUAUAAAUACUUAGGGGGUAAAAGUUCAAGCAAAAGAAUAUACAUAACUAUGCAGGCCAGUACAAUACCUGUAUGGGAAGUAAUUUCCACUUACACUCUACCAGAUUUAUUUUACUCAUAGGAAUUUGUACUGAUUUUCACAUGUCAUCUUCAUCCACAGUAUGUGCCUGAUUAUAUAUCCCCUGCAACUUGUAGAUCUUGAGUAUUACUGUGUUCUAAGAAGAAAAUAGGAAAAAAAUAGGUUGAGAGAAAGAAUAUUUCUUAAUAAAAUAAAUUAACACAAUUCACGGUGUUUUGAAUCUUAUACUUUGAUAUCUCAUAAAAAUCUUGUUUAUUUGUGAAAUUAGAUAGAUGUGCAAGAUGAUGAAGUGUGCAUGCUUUACUCUUUAUCUGCUUCUACACUUUUCACACACUUAAUUGACCUGUUUUUAGCAUGCCAAAGUAAAAUUUGUAAUCCUUUAUCUUCACUGAUUUGCAUCAACUGUCCACAAUUUUUUUUAUUCCCCAAAGAAGGUUCAAAAAAAAACAUUCAGGUUCGUUUCCUGCCAUUCUCUCAAGCCAGUUCCCUUUCUAUCUACCCAGAGAGAGAAAAUGUGUAAUGUCAAAGUGAAAUGAAUGGAAAUUCAUUUUGCUACACUCAUAUGUACUGAAAGGUUUUGAAAUAAAUAGUUAUUUCUUCAGAGUGAAAGAAAUACAGAAGUAAAUAGCUGUCAGACUCAGCCUGAUUGUUUUACGAUUUAGAUAGGUUUGUUCCCAAUAUGUAUCUAGGCAAAGUGACUAUCAUCUGAGUUAACAGCACUGAAGAGAAUGGACUUUGCUAAUACAAAGCUCCUACAUACCUAAAUAGUACCACGUAUAUCUUUGUAAGAAAUACCUCUAUAACAAUUUCCAUGUAAUACAGUGAAUGCUCAAACUUCAUGUUUCUGCAUUACUUAGUAUGUACUUUUACAAGUUUGAUGAAAGCAGAUGAGUCAGUUUAAUUACCUGCUUCAGUCCCUUGAUGAUGACUCUUUAAUUUACAAUACAAAUACAAAACAUAAUUAUCAUUUUAUUGUACAUACAUUUACAGUAUUUUCCAUCCAUUUAUAUACAUGAGCAUUACAGCGUUAUGAGAAAAUUGUUCUGGUGCGUUUUGUUUGUUGGUUAUUUUUUGUUGUUUUUUUGUUUGUUUGUUUGUUUGUUUGUUUUGUUUUCCCUGGGAAAAUUGAGUAAUCCCCCAAGUACUUGUUUCAUUUCAAACUAAUCGAUUAUAUCUUUACCUUCAAAUUGUGCAUUCAAGGAUUCUUUCCCUGGCUAUAUUAUGCUCCAUGCAUACACACAAAUUGCUGACAGAGGACAUUCUAUUAUAUGAUAAUGACAGAUUGAAGCUCUCAUGUCUGUGAAUUUCAACUUGCAGCUUUAAACUGAUAAGAUUAAUAGGCUUUUCAUUUCCUUACAUGCCCAGAAUCAUCAUUUGUUAUUUUUGCAUAUUUCCAACUGCAUGAAGACAUAAACAGAUAUAAUAUAACUAAUCAUUAUUGCAAAAUCAUAUCAUUCUGGUUGCCUAAUUGUGUUCAUUGCUUUGGACAGACAAAAAUCUAGAUUCAUGAACCUAAUUCAGCAAAAUAUUCAUAUAUGUAGCUUAAAGCAAAUCGUAACUUGAAUUACUUUAUGUGUGAUUGAUCUUUAUUAUAUUUUCUUUAAUAAUAUAUGAGUAUUCCUUGCUUGAUAAAUAUUUUCAUUAAUAGUGCAAGUGCAACGUACAUAAGAAAGGACUUCUAAACCUCCCUUAGAUCAUCUCUUCUGGUUUUGCAAGUUUAAUAAGCUUGAACAUAAAUUACUCUUUUCUACUAACAGUUGUGUGCUCAUCAUGAUUAUGUGCAUAAUAUUUUCUUUUCCUAGAACUGAGGUGUUUAUCCUUCAGGGUAUUUUUUCUACAGCAUUUAAAAAAACAAGUCAAUUACUCGACAUUUUAUAAAUUCUGAAAAUAAAUUGCUGAUCACUGUCUUUCUCAUGUCUCUAUCUGACAAUAUAAACACUUCAGAACUAAUACGACUACAUUUAAAGUGCCCAUAAUGUAAUUUUUUUAAAAUACAUUAAAUGUUUGUUUCCUGAAGUGUGUUUAAAUGAGUAUAGUUCAUUUUUUAAGAUUUUAUUUCCUUUGUGAUAUGGUUUUAUAAAAUGUAAUAGUCUCACUCUAAAGUUUAUUUUUUAUUUGUUUUGCUUUUUUUUUUAAUUUUAAAAUGAAACUCGGACUAUUUUGCACUAUAUCAAAUUCUCAUAGUUCUUUCUUAAGCAAAAGCUUUUGACUGAAAUGAUUAUCUUACAGAGAGAGUUUUGCUGGUAUACAAAAUGCACAGAGCAAGAGGGUUUUUUUUUCUAACUCUGAACAGACUCUAAUAUUUCAUUUACAUGGCUUACAUCAAACAUAGAUUUUCCAAGUGAUGCUUGCUGGUUGAUUUUUUUUUUUUUUUAAUCAGGUUUAUGGAUGCUUUGUGUGUCCAAUAGAUCAGGACCAGUUGGACAAGUCACUUAUUUCAAUGGGAACUGUUCAUAAUGUUUUACAAGCUUUACUGUUUAAAUCAGAAAAUAUUUCCAAAUAAGAACCUAUUGUUAAGUUUGGGCAGUAUUUCACUUUUUCUGAAUUAUGAAUAAAGUACUUACAUUUUGUGCUACAUUUGUUUUUCAGAAAAAAAAAAACUAACACACUGAAAAUUCAAAACUUCAAAUCUAAUUAGAUUUCAUAUCAGUUUUCUGUCUUAUUCAUCUGGAAUUUGAGGGUUUUUGCAUCAAUGAUUCAUCCAAAAACCAAAUGAUCAUAGCGUUUUCAAAAAUAUUUUCAGUAAGAAUGCCAGAAACACUUGUCUGUGCUAUCUUUCUCAGCUGAAUCCUCUGUAAGGAUGUGAGAUGUAGUCUUUCUGCAUAUGCGAUGAUUGUAUGCAGAUUUUACUUGAUUAGGCUGUUGAAUGAUAUUUUAAUUCACCUCAAUAUUUGAAAACUUCAUAUCUGAUGUUCAAUCCACUCACUGGCAAAACAUUUUUCAGGAAAUGAUCUUUUUAUGGAGGGGAGAGGGUCAAUCUUGUUAGGAUCCAGUUAAAGAGAAGAUAAAAAGCUUAUCUGAUACAAAAGUUCAAUGUUAGUGAACUUUGAUCAGUUUGAUCAAAGUAGUGAGGUUGAAUGGAUUAUAUGAUAUUAUCUGGAAAAAGCCACACAGUUACUUUCCAUGAUACAGAAUUUAUGCUGUUCCAUGAUUCAAAGCACUAGAAUAGUAUACAGGAGUAUCUGAGUCCUGAGAAUAGUAUAUGUCAAUAUGUUCAUUACACAUUAUAGGAGGAAAGAAUUAUUCACGUGAGGAAAUGGCUGUUAAUUCCCUUUCACCUGUAUUCAGAGUUUUUGCUAGGCAUUGAUUUCGAUUUUAUUUAGAGAGCUUUUGUCAUGCAUUACCUAGAAGUAGUGCAGAAUCCUUUUCUAUUAGACUAUAGCGACAGAAAAAUACACAGUUUUCACAGUAAUUUUAAUUCCUUUGCAGGUUGUCACUGACUGUGAACAUAAAGCCUGUUUUAUCAUUUUCCUCGUUUCUGAUUUGACUCAUCUCCAUACGUUACAUAAUGGACUACCAGUUUUAUCUGUUUGCAACACUAUGCAAUUUCUGUUAUGUUCAUGUAUGCAUUUUUCUGAGUUAUUCAGUUGAUUAGAUCAGAUGUUCUUUAGGAUUUUUUUCCAAUUAAAAAUAUCUUCAAGUUUGCUGAUGACACCAGGCUAAGUGGUGCAGUUGAUACAAAAGGAGGUAGGGAUGCUAUCCAAAGAAACCUGAACAGGCUUGAAAAGGGGACCUGAAAGAAUCUGAUAAGGUUCAACGAGGCCUAGUGCAACGUGCUGCACUUGGGUCGGCGCAAUCCCAGCUAUGUAUACAGACUGGAAGGAGACCUCAUUGAAAGCAGCCCUGCAGAGAAGUAAUUGGGGAUUCUGGUGGAUGAAAUGUUUGCUGUGAACCAGCAGUGUGUGCUUGCAGCCCGGUAGAUCUACUGUUUUCUGUGCUGCAUCCAAAGAAGGAUGGCCAGCAGAGAGAGGGAAGUGAUUAUUCCCUUCCACUCUGUCCUUGUAAGGUCACAUCUCAAGUACUGUGUCCAGUCCUGGGGCCCCCAGAACAAGAAAGGCAUAGAGCUGUUGGAGUAGGUCCAGAGGAAGGCCAAAAAGAAUAUCUGAGGGCUGUAAUAUCUCACCUGUUGAGAAAGGUGGAGGGAUUUUGGCAUGUUUAGCUUGGAAAGUAAAGGCUUCAGGGAGACCACAUUUCAGCCUCCCAGUAUUUAAAGGAAGCUUAUAAACAGGAAGAAGACUGAAUUUAGCAUGAUCUGAUAGUGAUGAGACAAGAGGGAAUGUUUUUAAACUAAAAGAUUUAGAUUAGAUAUUAGGAGAAAAUUCUUUUCUCAGAGGAUGAUGAGGCACUGGAACAGGUUGCCCAGAGAAGCUGUGGUUACCUUAUCCAUGGAGGUGUUCAAGGCCAGAUUGAAUUAGCGGUUGGCAACACUGCAUAAGGCUAAGGAGUUGGAACUAGAUAAUCUCUAAGGUCCCUUCCAAUCUAAGGCAUUCUAUGACUCUUUGAUUCUAUGAUGAUUCUUUGAUUCUGUGAUUCUAUGAUAUUACCUUUCUAUUUUAUGUUUAUUCCUGUUUUGCAUUGGAUAUGCUGUAUUUCAUAUUCUAAAUUCUGAGCACAUGCAUAUGUAUUAAACUGAAGAUUAAGUAGCUACACUGCUGUUGCUUCAGAUUUUAUUUUGCCCAAAUAUUCAUAAAAUAGAUAUUCACAUUUUCUUGAAGAAGGUUUCUGAUUAAAUCCCAGCUCACCAAGUCUAUUAGUCUAAUAAUUUGCACACAUUAAAUUGCCUUUUAUUUCAUUCUACUUUAUGAAAAAGUUUAAAUGGAUCAGAAGAUUCUUUUAGAUAACAUAGGAAUGAUUUGAUUGAAGUAGUUCCUAUAUUAUUUAUAGCUACACUGAGUUCUGAAAGCAAAAUUAUAAACUGACACUUCCUUUUCUGGUCUUUUCAUGUCAAAAAGGGACAGGUGAAUCACAAACCAAAGGGUUUACUGCAUAGUCACACAUUUCUAGAAUAGUCAGCAAUGUGUGGAUUAGCUAAUGUUCACUAAACUGUUCUAGUAUGUUUAAAUAUGCGAGCUUGAAAUAGUUGUGAAACUGUUACUGCUGAUAACCACAAAAAAGCAGAACCUUCCUUGUAACAUUUACCAUGUUGAGGACUGUAUAUUUUUGUCAUCUGGAUUAUUAUUUUGCUAGGCAAACAGUUGAGUCCUGUACAUUUAGAUACUCUUACUCUUUGGGAAGGAUUGUGUUAACAAGCAAGUAUUCACUUGUUUUUCAUUUGUUACUAAAAUUUGGAGGUUAAAAAUAAAUUUUAGUUCAAGUUUUUAAGAAAAACUGUACAAUUCUUUUCUAUGAAGAUUAGGCACUUCCAUAUAAUUGCGGGUUUCAGCAUUCUUUUCUAAAAAAAAUCUUCAUAUAUUUAGUUUUGAUAUCUAAAAUUACAGACUAAGAGUGUUUGUAGUUAUGUCAAUAUUUGAGCUAUGCAACACAGGCAUUCAGAAAAAGACCAAGUCCUGUACUUCUGUAACUAUUUCAUUGCUGUACAAUUCCAUGAGCUUCAGAAAAGAGAGAUUACUUAUAUAUGACUAUGGCGUGGAAGCAAAGUAAUUGCAUGGCAUCUGCUGAAAAUUAAGUGUACUUCUACAGCUGUAUCUCGGCAGGAGAAUGCAUUAUGAACUGUAAUACGUGAUAGCUAACUUCUUGAAUUUUGUGAUUACAUGGGACUCUCUGCUUUCAGGAGUGAGAACAAGAAUAAAAUUCUUGAUGUAACCUUGUAGAACACUGCCUGAAAAAUUUUCUGCUGUUUUUCAUCAAACAUAAGUAGCUAUUUCAAAACCAUCAAAUUUUUAUGAUCAUUAAGCUGAUGUUAUGGUGAGGGGCUCUUGUUAAAGUCUUUCAAUUGUUACUUUAAUGCUGUAGUUUAAAAUCACAGAUUGGCCUCCAAAAAAGCUCUUUGCACCUGAAUUUAUGGGACAAUAGAACUGCAGAUCGAUAUGCAAAAAAUGUGUCUGUCAAAAGAGUAUCCUGAUAUCCAGCAUUUUAGAAACUGCUUUGAUUUCAUUUAUGGACUCCCUGUUGAGGUAUAUUCUCAAAGAAUUAUAUAUAUAUAUAUAUAUGUAUAUAUUUAUAUAUACAUAUAUAUGAGGAUUUUCC